AUGGCUGGAAAAUUUCUUACACUUGUUCUGUUCUGUUCUGUUUUUGUUGCGGUAUAUGCUCACGACUCCCAUCACGGACAUAGCCACGAACAUCACCAUCAUGGACAUAGCCAUCACGAACCCAGCCACGAUCAUCAUCAUCAUCAUCAUCACGGACAUAGCCAUGAUUUUGAAGACGAACAUAUUGAUGAACAUCCUGCCCGAAAAUAUCAACAAAAAGCAAAUACUCCGAAUCCAAGCAGUCAUUCUUCAGCCAAAAAACCUGUUACAACUCAAGCCUCAAAUGGGAAAUGGACAAAAUGGCUUCAGGCGAUAGGAGCGACUUUGCUGAUUAGUGCUGCCCCUUUCUUCAUCCUAUUUUUCAUCCCACUACAAAGCAAUACGGCUGACCAGCAACCACUGUUAAAAGUACUUCUAGCUUUUGCUUCUGGAGGGCUCUUAGGAGAUGCUUUUCUUCAUCUGAUCCCCCAUGCGAUUUCACCACAUUCGCACCACGGCGAUCACGAACACUCUCAUUCUCACUCGCAUGGUUCUCACGAAAGCGGUCAUGAUCAUUCGUCCGAAAUGGCUGUGGGUCUUUGGGUUUUAGCUGGCUUGAUAGCCUUUCUAAUGGUUGAAAAGUUUGUGAGGCUGGUCAAGGGAGGCCAUGGCCAUUCACAUGGUGCCCCUAAAACCGACCACGAUUCAAAUUCUGUUAAGAACGGAGAGGUCGUAACAGAAAAAGACGCAGAUGAGGUACCCGAAGAGAAUGACAAGGAGUUGCGCGAAAGAAAAAAGACUGAUGAAGUCGCUCAAAAGGAAAUAAAAGCAAAAACUGCGUCGGGUGAGUUAAGAUUUUUACUCCAAAUCGAAGGUUACGUGGAUAUUUGGAAGCCAUUUGAAGUAGGUCACGUGUCGUAAAUUUUUAAUUUUACUUUUCUAAUAAUUACGAGGAUUUCUUUCUGUUUUUGAAGACCCUUUUUAAUCAGUUUGAAAUAUUAUUUGACACGUAAGUGUUUCUCGUCGAAUUUAUUCAAUUUGUACUGUGCGAAUGUUUGUUUUCCCUAGAUGAAUUUCCACAACCACGGGUAUCGGAAAAGCAACGAAGAAAAUUGAUUUCCGAGUCAGUGAGCCAGAAGAGUACUAGAAAAUUUCUUGUUAAUCCUAACAGCUGCUAUUUUCCCAUGAACUCAUCUUUUAAAAUCGCCGCGUUUUGGUGUAUUUUUUCAGCUUUUAGGAGAAUUUUAAGGACUUCAAAGUAAACAUACAGCGAUCGAACAUAAAAUUGUAUGCAAAUUUUGUCUCGUUGACGUGUCAAUACGAAAUUGAUCCUCGUGCCUGAAAAAAUACAACUGGGUAAUUGUUUGGAAAAAAGGGGUUUUUUAGACAUCUUAGACAGGAUGCAAGUGUCAGGGUUGCUUGUUUAUAAAGUUCAUUUACUCUCAAGAAUGUGAAAGUUUUUUUAGCUCAUAUUUUUAAAACAAUUUUCAUACAAAAAAUUAGAUUUAUUGUGGUAUAAACUGAAAAAUUAAACUAAAAUUCCCACCACCUCAUUUUUUUGAGAUAGCUCUCUGGAAAAAAAAACUUUCCUGAUACACUCCCUGUUAUCAGCUUGUUUGAGAAACAGCCUAAAAUAAUAAGAAAAGUAACACCAUUUUGGGCACAGAGGAAGGAGGGUGGGGGGGGGUUGGUGUAUGAAAACGGAACAUGCCCAAGAAUAAAUUAACUAUUUCUUCCCCAGAAGUGACCAAAAUCAUAUUUCAAUGAAAUUUGCAAACUUUAUUUCUGUUCAAUGCUGAUAAACAUAAAUAAUACCAUGUGAGAGUACUGGGGUUCCAUGUUUUUGAAUGGUCACACUGGCCCAUAGUAUAAUUUUUUUCAUCAGCUUGUAGUUAGAAUGACUUAACAAGAGACACCAUUAUUGAAAAAGAAAGAGUGAUGAUAUUGAAGCAGAGAAAAAAUAAGUUUUUGAAAUCUCUGAUAAUUGAAAAAGCAAUAUUUUCAUUCUUUUUUGAAUUUGAUCGCACUGUUCUGUGGUUGUCAUAACAACAUUUCUUCCAUCAUGUAAUUUGCUGAAUUUUGAAAUAGGAAGGGUUUGAAUUGGAAGACUUUGGGGUUAGAUUUUAUAAAUAAUUAUUCGUCUGUUGUUUCUUUGUAGUUCCGCAUGAUCAUGGCGAUGAUAUAAAGGUGGCAGGCUACUUAAAUCUCGCUGCAGAUUUCACUCACAAUUUUACUGAUGGUCUAGCCAUUGGAGCCUCAUUUCUUGUGAGUCGUAAUCUUGGUGUAAUCACCACUUUUACGAUCCUUCUUCAUGAAGUUCCUCAUGAGAUUGGAGAUUUUGCAAUUCUUGUUCAGUCUGGUUGCAACAAGAGAAAGGUAGGCAGAUUUGCAGUUGAAUUCAGCUGGCUUGCAGCGGUCAUUAGUUGCAACUGAGUUAGUAUUGCUUUGGUAAAACUUCUGAAAAUUCUUAGGCAUGCCUUCUUAAAAUUAAAAAAUAUAUUUUGUGAAGAUAUGAUGUGAAAAUAUAUUUUGUGAAGCAUAAAGAUGUUUAAAGUUCCAAUAUAUAGAACUUUUCUAUACACAAACCAUAUUUUUUCCUUAGCUUUUGAUCUUGAUAAUGAUGACAAGAAGCCAUUUGAAACACCAAGUUUCUGUAUAUCAUCGAUUUUUGUUUUAUUAAAGUGAAUCCGAUUCGGUAAUCACUCAGAAAAAACCUUGAUUUGUGAUCACCCAUGUGAUCACUACAUGCUUAUUUCUUUGUAUUAAGUCUCUUACCUCAGAAAAAAACUUCACUGUAUGACACACUGAGCUUAAAUUUUCUGGUUUUUAUUAUUAUUACUUUUUAAUUUCAGGCAAUGUUACUUCAACUGACAACUGCAACUGGUGCCUUGGCUGGGACAUUUUGUGGCUUACUUGCGGAAAACAUUGGGGAGUCUGCUGCUACACUAUGGAUCCUACCUUUCACAGCAGGAGGUUUUAUUUAUAUCGCCACAGUGUCUGUUAUUCCUGAAUUACUGGAGGACACCAAAAUUGGCCAGACCAUUAAAGAACUUGUAGGAUUAUUUGUCGGGGUCUUGAUGAUGGUCCUAAUUGCUAAGUUUGAGUAA